GGCGGCGGGAGGUGUCCGGAACCGCGGGAGCAAGCAUGCCUCGGUAUGCGCAGUUGGUCAUGGGCCCCGCAGGCAGCGGGAAGAGCACCUAUUGUGCCACCAUUGUCCAGCACUGUGAAGCCCUCAAUCGGUCUGUCCAAGUUGUGAACCUAGAUCCUGCAGCAGAACAUUUCAACUACUCCGUGAUGGCUGACAUCCGGGAAUUGAUUGAGGUGGAUGACGUGAUGGAGGACAAUACUCUGCAGUUUGGUCCCAAUGGAGGAUUAGUAUUUUGCAUGGAAUACUUUGCCAAUAAUUUCGAUUGGCUGGAGGACUGUCUCGGCCAUGUAGAGGAUGACUACAUCCUUUUUGACUGUCCAGGUCAGAUUGAAUUGUACACUCACCUGCCCGUGAUGAAACAGCUGGUCCAGCAACUAGAACAGUGGGAGUUUCGAGUCUGUGGAGUUUUUCUUGUUGAUUCUCAAUUCCUGGUGGAGUCGUUCAAGUUUAUUUCUGGGAUCUUAUCAGCCCUGAGUGCUAUGAUCUCUCUAGAAAUUCCUCAAGUUAACGUCAUGACGAAAAUGGAUCUGCUGAGUAAGAAAGCUAAAAAGGAAAUUGAGAAGUUUCUAGAUCCAGACAUGUAUUCUUUAUUAGAUGACCCUACAAGCGACUUAAGAAGCAAAAAAUUCAAAAAAUUGACUAACGCUAUAUGUGGACUGAUUGACGACUACAGCAUGGUUCGAUUUUUGCCUUACGAUCAGUCAGAUGAAGAAAGCAUGAACAUCGUAUUACAGCAUAUUGAUUUUGCCAUUCAGUAUGGAGAAGACUUGGAAUUUAAAGAACCGAAGGAACAUGAAGAUGAGUCAUCUUCCGUGUUUGACGAAUAUUUUCAAGAACACCAGAAUGAAUGAAGAGUUUGUUAAAAAGUAACCAAAUGUGUGAGGAGCCUGUGGCUGAACUGGCAGAACCUUCUUCUCUUCGAAAGAUGGAAUACUAGAAAGCUACUUAUUUUAAUGAAAAAAUUAAAUAAUACUGAAAAAAAGUAAUACUUGACUCUUUAUCAGCAAUCAGGAACAUGCCUGAAUCAAGUUCUUAGUUAUUCUGAAACUGCUGCUGUUUAAAGUGGCAUCUUUUAGUAUUAUUGGAACAGCAUAAUUUAGAUUUUAAAAGUCGAAAUUGAAAUGAAUGUAGAUAGAUUUGUGUAUAUAAUAUAAAUUAGCACCUGUGAUACAGUUAAGACCAGUCUACUUUUAGUUUUACUGUUUGAUUUCUGUUAUUUUUGAAGUUUUUUUGGAGGGACAGGAAUUAUUGUAACAAAAUAUACAUAUAUGUGUCCAAAGAAAAAAAAAUCUGGAAGGAUAUAGAUAAGACCAUUGCUUACCUGUAUCUCCCAGUUUUCCUACAUUGAAAAUGUAUUAUUUGUGUAAUUUAAAAAUGAAAA